AUGUUUGUUGCCUCAGCUUCGACGAAGGUUACGCCUCCAGUCUCCACUCCAGCCACGCUCACUGAAAUAACAGAUCAGCAGUUCCAGUUUGAACCAAAUGGUUUCGAUCUCAUGCAGAUGCAGAACGAUUACAACAAGGGUGCCCUCUACCAGCACCUCAGCCUGGCCGAGGGUCCUGUUGGAGAGAACUUUGAAUUCUCUGACUUCAUCACUGAUUGCUUCUAA